AUGUCCAAACCCUCAAUCGGCUUCGUCGGCCUAGGCGCCAUGGGCUUCGGGAUGGCCACACAUCUCGUGAAAGAGGGCUACCCGGUCCACGGCUUCGACGUAUUCCCAGCCUCAGUAGAGCGCUUCAAGGCCGCAGGCGGGAUCCCAGCGUCCUCACUACAGGACUCAGCAAAGGAAAAGGAUUUCUAUGUUUGCAUGGUAGCUUCAGCGCCGCAGGUGCAGAGUGUUCUUUUCGGUGAUGAUGCCCUCCCCAAAAAUGCAACCCUCCUCCUCUGUUCCACCGUCCCAGCAUCCUACGCCCAAUCUGUCGCCGCGGAGCUCGCCUCCAUCGGCAGAAGCGACAUAUCCUUCAUCGACGCACCCGUAUCCGGUGGCGCGCUCCGCGCCGCAGCCGGCACAUUGUCAAUCAUGGCCGGUGCUCCAGAUGCCGCGCUAGAGAAUGGCCGGUUCCUGCUGCAGGAGAUGUCGGACGCUAAUAAGCUGUACCUUGUCCCCGGCGGGAUUGGCGCAGGUAGUAAUAUGAAGAUGGUGCACCAGGUGCUGGCAGGUAUCCAUAUUCUGGGUGCUAGUGAAGCUCAGGGCUUCGCGGCGCGACUGGGGUUAGAUGCUGUGAAGACGGCUGAGGCGAUUAAAUCCAGUCCGGCUUGGAGUUGGAUGCAUGAGAAUCGGUUGCAGAGGAUGUUGGAUGAGGAUUGGCAUCCGGGUGCUAGUGCUUUGACUAUUAUUCUUAAGGAUGUGGGGAUUAUCACGACCUCUGCACGGCAAAGUCAAUUCCCGACUCCGCUAUGCUCCACUGCUGAACAGGUUUAUUUGUCUGCUUUGCUACAGGGCUAUGGGCCGGUGGAUGACUCGUCUAUGGUGCGACAGUACUUUGCUGAGCCGAUUACGAAGGUCUCUUCUACUAAGGCUGAGGAGGAGACGGCGGAGGCGUUGCAGCUGGUGUUGGAUCUGAUGGAGGUGACUAACCUCGUUGCGGCUGCGGAGGCUAUUUCGUUUGCGCGCUAUCUCAAAGUCGAUUUGAAGCAGUUUUAUACUCUUGUUGCCGAUGCUGCUGGUGCUAGUCGGCAAUUCAUGACGAAGGGGUUGGAGAUUAUUGAGGGACUUGGACAGGAUGUGAGUGGGGAGACCGUUGAGGGUGCUACUGCUCGUCUAGAGAAGGCUGUGCAGAAGGCUCGUGAUCUUCACUGUCCUUUGAAUCUUGGUAAUGCUGCUUUGAGUGUGUUGUUCAUGGCGAAGAAGUCUGGGUUAGGGGCUGAGGGGAGUGCCAGUGUGGUAAAGGCUUUUGAAAAUUAG